UUCCAAUAUUUCCGUUCUCGUCCGUGGAAAAAAAAAAAAGGCUUCGCGAUGGAGAAGCUUCGAGUGUUGGUGGUUUGAAGGUUUGGUUUUUGGACUUCGCUGUGCUGUUUGCGAGAGCAUGUUGGACGCUGCGGAGUUUGUUUUGUGAGGACGAAAACAUACAAAGUGUGCGAACGCAGCGAAGUUUGCGAAGUUAUCGUUUGAGUCCGAAGUUGGGAGACAGGCGCUCGGUGUUUUAGGAAGACUACAGCAAGAACUGGAGAGACUGAGGAUGGCACGGGGCUGUCUGUGCUGUGUGAAAUACAUGAUGUUCCUCUUCAACCUGCUCUUCUGGCUGUCGGGCUGUGGGUUGCUAGGCGUGGGGAUUUGGCUCUCCGUGUCGCAGGGGAGUUUUGCCACCUUCUCGCCCUCCUUCCCCUCCCUCUCUGCCGCCAAUCUGGUCAUCAUCCUGGGCUUCAUCGUCAUGGUGACGGGCUUCCUGGGCUGCAUGGGAGCCAUCAAGGAGAACAAGUGUCUGUUGCUGAGUUUCUUCAUCGUGCUGUUGGUAAUUCUCCUGGCAGAGUUGAUUCUGCUCAUUCUUUUCUUUUUGUAUACAGACAAGGUGAGUGUGAACGCACAGCAGGAUCUUAAAGAGGGUCUGCGACUGUACAACACAGAUAACAACGUUGGACUGCGCAAUGCAUGGAACAUCAUACAGGCUGAGUGGCAAUGUUGUGGUGUGACUGGGCAUACAGACUGGCACGAUGCCCUGCCGGAGAAGACGGUGCCAGACCGAUGCUGUCAGGAGCAUUAUAGUGAGUGUGGUCGCAAUGCCAGCAGCGUCUUCUGGUCCCGGGGUUGCUAUGAAAAGGUUGUGGACUGGCUAGACGAUAACAAACACCUCUUAGGCACUAUUGCUAUGUGUGUCCUUGUUAUACAGCUCCUUGGCAUGGCAUUCUCCAUGACCCUGUACCAGCAGAUCCACAGGUCAGGGAAGAAAUAUGAUGCUUAGAAGAGCCGCCUAAGGUGUUAUCUUUGUAGAAAACUUCCAACUCCCAGAGUGCAGUUAUGCUGUUCUACUUCCUGUUUUUUUCCAUUCCUGGAUAUUGCGCAUUAUGAGGAACUGCACAGUACUUGUUUUUGAUGGCCAGACAAUUAUUUUAUACUGUAUUUUGAAAGCCUGUCUUCACAAAAUUGCUAAAGAUCUGUUCCAAUCUGGAAACAGCCUUUGAGGUCUGCACAGAGGAAGAAGACCUGAAUGAAAGGUAUUUUAAAGAAGAAAAAUGACUCUGCUCACAGGAGGACACAACCUGUUUUUCUGUUUUUUGGUUGUUGUUUUUUUUUUUUUAAGUAUUCCCUUGAACUCUGAAAAUAUUCACCAGCCAGGACACACCACCCUACUAGAUGCAGGAGCCUGUCCUUUGUACAAAAAUGGACCAAAUACACACUUUCAUUUUCUCUCUCAAUCUUGUCUUCCCCCACCACGACUCACUGUACAAGAUGCAUAUUUGCAGUAAAAGCAUGUUAUACACAUGGCUUCCUGCCUUCACAAGCUCACUGUAUAUGUGUAUCCCAUAAGAUGAAUAUAGUGCUGUUGAUCAUGA